AUGGGACAGAAGGUUCACCCGUACGGGUUUCGACUCGGGUUCAACAAGACGUGGCGCUCGCGGUGGUACGCGGAUCGUGACUACGCCGCGCUGCUGCACGAGGACCUUGGCUUGCGCGCCGAUCUCAAGAAACGCUUUGCCCAUGCCGGCGUAUCGAAGAUCGAUAUCGAACGCGCCGCCAACAAGCUCAAGCUCGACAUCCACACGUCGCGGCCGGGCAUCAUCAUCGGCCGCAAGGGGACGGAGGUCGAGAAGCUGAAGACCGACAUCCAGAAGCGCACGAGCCGCGAGGUCUUCAUCAACAUCCAGGAGAUCCAGAAGCCGGAGCUGGAUGCGCAGCUGAUCAGCGAGUCGGUCGCGUUGCAGCUGGAGAAGCGCGUCGCGUUCCGGCGCGCCAUGCGCAAGGCGGUCGAGUCGGCGCUACGGUUCGGCGCACGCGGCAUCAAGGUGCGGGUCGGCGGGCGCCUCAACGGCGCCGAGAUCGCGCGGUCCGAGUGGUACCUGCAUGGUCAGCUGCCUCUGCAGACGUUGCGCGCGGACAUCGACUACGGCUUCUGGGAGGCGCGCACCACCUACGGCGUCAUCGGUGUGAAGGUCUGGCUCUACAAGGGCGAGCGCCUCGAGCCGCAGACCGGCCGCGAGGAGGAGUACCGGACGCCGCGCAUGGCCCGCGCGUAG